GUGAGCGAGCGUGUGAGCGAGUGAGAGCGAAGUACGGCUGUGCUGCGAAGUAGCGGCCAACGGCACGGAAUACUGCAAACUAACUGCUAAUCGUGAGCUGCGAGACAACUGAAAACAUGGACGCGUACGAGGAGCGGAAGCAGCAAUGGGAAGAUCUGGAAGUGAGCCGCGAAGAAAUGGAGACCCUGACGAAGUGUAUGAAGGAGGAGCAGUUCCGUAAGCUCCUCAUAGAGUAUGCCGAGGAAGUGAACGACCCGGAGAAUCGGAAGUUAUACGAGGCGGAGAUAACGCAGUUGGAACGAGAACGAGGUAUCGAGGUGACGUUCGUCAAUCCUGAGCCGGGUUACGUCAUUAAGACGAGCGUCGACGGCAGGACCAAGUGCUUCAUCAACGUCAGCAUGAACGGCUACGUGGGUAAGCCGACGAAUGAACCGAGCAGGGGAGUCGAGGGCAACGGCGGUUACAACUGGUCGAUCCCCUAUGUGCUCGCACCUCCGCGCGACGACCUCGAUAAACGUAAGACCCGCUGCCGGGUCUUCGACGUCGUCUUCCACCCGGAGUCCAUGCGUUUGGCCAAGGCCAAUCAUAAUUUCCGCGAUAUGGUCAACGACACGGCCAUGGACGGCAUCGAGAAUAACUUUAAGGUUAAAUUGGAUCGUAAAAAUCUAAAAUUCCCAAAAAUGAAUUUUAAAGGCAUGGCACAUCCUACAGUUAUUAGAAGACCUUGCGAUAAGCCAGUGAAACAAUCGGAAACGGACCCUGAAAUCUAUCAAAAAUUGAUGUCAAGUUACGACGAAAGUAGAGAAAGAUGGUUGAAAUCUACAGAGGAGAGAUGCCCAAGACCUACUCCAACCACUAAAUACUACAAUUCACAAGCUAAUGAGACUGAAGAUAAAAAUUCAGAGUAUACGAAACCAAAAUUUGUUGUAAAAUACCAAACGAGUUUUGACAUGGAUGAAUUUAGGGAAUCUAAAGAUGCUAAGAUGCACUCUGCAAUUCCCAAAAAUCUAGUUAUCAUCAUCAACUUGCCACUGUUAAAAUCUGCCGAUUGUGCGACAUUGGAUGUUCAAGCGCGUCACCUAACAUUAAAAAGUGAAAAGCCUGCCAAAUAUUGGUUGGAAUUACCACUAUCGUACACGGUUGAUUCCAAUAAUGGUAGCGCAAAAUUUGAUCCAAAAUUGAGAAGGUUAACCGUUACUUUGCCUGUGAUUCGUGACAUGUCUUUCUUACUCGAUACAAAGGAGGACAGCGGUGUGGAAAGUGAUCAUGGAAGUCCUCUGCCCGAAUCACAAGUCAUAAAUAAUCACUUGGCGCAAGAAGGGGACUUGAGUGAUGGUUGCAAGCCAAAAAAUGGUUCGUUGAUUUGUGUUUUAAAUGAAAAUGAUAAAGUGCAAAGUGAUUGUGCAGAUACCGCUUUACGGACUAGUGAAGAUACAAAAACGGCGGUGCCAUUUAUGAAUCCUAACGUAAAAUAUUCCCUUCCGCCGUUCACUUGUAACUUAUACGAUAAUCUCUUUGCCAUCACAAUACAUGUGAAAAAUGUAGAUACAGAAUCUAUACAUUACAAGAUUUUACAAGAGAGCUCUGGUCUUCAUAUAAUACUUACAUCUAUCGGAGCUGGAUUCUUUCCUAUUUAUUAUUCGUUAUGCAUGAAAAUACGGAAGGACGCAGUUGUGUCGGAUACUUUGACUGUAGAGCCUUGGGACAAUAAUGUCGUUUUAUCGAUUCAGAUUAACGAGCCAGAAGUGUUUUCACGCUAUUUUGUUGGAACGGAUGAGGAAUUUAUGGAAAUUAAGGAUCUUUCUGUAGCAGUAUCCAUUCAAAAUAAAUUGCAAGCAUUAAUGGAGGAUCCAGAAAUAGAAACGGAUAAAAACGUCGAGGUUAUUAGAAAUGAAAAUGAAGUUAUUGUUAAUGUUUGCUCGGAGAGUGUGGACUCGGACGAUGACGAUGAACAUGAAAGCAAAUUAAAUUCCGAAACAGAUGAACAGAAAAGAACACAAUCGAGAUCAAUAUCCGAGAGCAGUGGAGACGAGUUUGCAAGCAGUAUUGCUAGUAGUACAGGAAGUGCACGAUACAAGAGUAUUCUGAAAACUGGUCAUAAUCGUUUUUCACGAUCCAUUUCGGAAUCGAGCAUCGACGAUAGUACCGCACCCUUACACUCAGCGACAUUUAAUGAUUUUGUACAGGAACUUAAUUCUGAGUCAGAAGGUUCGAGUUUAAAAAAAACGGUUCGCUUUAACGAUGUGGUUUCGCGUCAAUUAUUCAGGUCAAACUCGAGUAUCUUUGGUCAACGUAAGAAGAAUCAAAGAAAGCUGAAGAAUAAAAAGCGUGCACAGGAGCGACGGUUAAGUGAAAGCGAGAAUUCCGAAGGAGAAGAGCGGGAGAAAUAUAAAGCAGAGGUAAAAAAUGAAACGGAACAGGAUGUCUCUGAUGCGGUACGACCAAUACUUCAUCAGUCGAAUAAGCAGUCAGAAGCUCGAAAAACUGCCAAUAUUGAAAUAGAACGUACGCCACGUAACGCCAAUAAACGAAAACAGAAGCGCAAUACGAAAAAUGACAAGAUUAACCCAACUAAAGGUGAAGAGACAGCUAAAAUUGAAGAUAAUUCUAAAGGUGUUGAGCCUUGGAAAACGUUUGACGGCAAAAAUUACCUUAUGUUUGACCUUGAAGUAUAAGAUGAAAAAUUAUGUUAUAACCAUAUGAGGUAAACAGUGAUAGUAAUAGCUCAGCAUAUAAUAUUCUUUAUU